CCCACCUCAAAAUCAAACUUCUCUUGCCACAUCUUUCUCUUCCUCUCCUCUCUCACAACAAACCAACCAAAAACCCAAAAAAGGGGAAAAAGCAGAAAAAAAAGCAAAUCGAAAUGGCAGCCGUAGCAACGCCUUCUCCUCGCGAGGAAAACGUGUACAUGGCGAAACUCGCCGAGCAGGCGGAGCGCUACGAGGAGAUGGUGGAGUUCAUGGAGAAGGUGACCGCGUGCGUCGACUCGGAGGAGCUGUCCGUCGAGGAGCGCAACCUCCUGUCCGUCGCUUACAAGAACGUUAUCGGCGCGCGCCGCGCAUCCUGGCGCAUCAUAUCCUCGAUAGAGCAGAAGGAGGAGAGCCGCGGCAAGGACGACCACGUGGCGUCCAUCCGCGAGUACCGGGGCAAGAUCGAGUCGGAGCUCAGCUCCAUCUGUGACGGUAUCCUCCGCCUCCUCGACACCCGCCUCAUCCCUUCGGCUUCCGCCGGCGAUUCGAAGGUCUUCUACUUCAAAAUGAAGGGCGAUUACCACCGUUACCUCGCCGAAUUCAAGACCGGCGCUGACAGGAAAGAGGCCGCUGAGAGUACACUCGCGGCUUACAAAUCCGCACAGGAUAUUGCAACAGCAGAGCUGGCGCCAACGCACCCGAUCCGGCUUGGGCUGGCUCUGAAUUUCUCGGUGUUUUACUACGAGAUCUUGAAUUCUCCAGAUCGGGCUUGUUCGCUUGCCAAGCAGGCAUUUGAUGAAGCAAUUGCGGAGCUGGAUACCCUUGGAGAGGAAUCAUACAAGGAUAGCACUCUGAUAAUGCAGCUUCUUCGUGACAAUCUCACCUUGUGGACCUCUGAUAUGCAGGACGAUGGGGUUGAUGAGAUCAAAGAAGCACCCAAGCGUGAGGACGAACAGUAGUCAGAGUAAUUCAUUCAAGGUCCCGCUUCUCCUUUUGAUUUCAACAAGCGAAAAUGAUGGGUGUUUCUGUUCCCGCUUUUUCUUCCCCUUCUUUCCCUGUAGUAGUUCAGCUCAGAUUGCCCAACAUUCAAGGUCCCGCUUCUUGUUUUAGUGUUUUUUUUUCCUUUCCUUUUCUGAAUUUUAUGUUUUUUUAUUUUCCUUUGGUAAGUUGGCAGUCGUGUCUGUGUUGGGCAUGCCUGGAUUGUGGUAGCUAUUAGGUUAUUGAUGUGCUCUCUCUUUUAUGGGAUUUAAUGGCUUUCCUUGACAUGUAAUGGUGAUUCAUUUGUUGUCAAUUGAAACAUUUCUCUGCUUAUAUUACCUUCACCUUCUCUUA